UAAACCAAAACGUCAGGUUGAUCUUGGCCGAUUUAACGAAGGUCAAUAUGAACAGGCUGUUCAAGAGCAAAUUCAGGCAGAAAUUAUCACUGUUGUUUUAUACCCAAAUGACAACUAUAUGGUUGGUAAAGAUUCGCAUCUCAAACAACAAUACUUUUGGGUUGCUGCUAGUUUACAUGAUAUGUACGCAUUCGAUAAUUUAUUUUUAUUAUAUGAAACUUCAUCAUGCUAUAUUAAUAUGACAUAUUUCAAACUCAUUAAGUGUUCGUCGCUUCAAAAGUUCGAAAAACCAUGGAGUCGAUUUCCCUGA